AUGAAAUAGAGAUUAGUAACUUAAGCAGAUGAAGGACCUCAAGAUAAUUUCAUUCAAAAAUCCAAUUCCAUGUAGAAUCAAUUUCAAAUACUCUAAGUCGUUGGCAAUGGCACCUUUGGUAUGGUUUAUCUGGUAUUAUGUUAAUUAAUCUCUUAAAUAGGCAAUGGAUACAAAAACAAAUGAAAAGGUUGCUAUCAAGAAAGUAUUUUAAGAUAAACGCUAUAAAAACAGAGAACAUCUUAUUAUAUAGGAGUUAAAUCAUCCUUGCAUUGUAAAAUUAAGACAAGCAUUUUUCACUUAGGGAGACAAUUCAAAAAAUGUAAUAACAAAAAUUAAGAAAAUAGCCAGAUGACAUUUUUCUGAAUCUAGUAAUGGACUACAUUCCUGAAACCCUCAGCAAACUCAUUCGAAACUACAAAAAGAGCAAGACCCCAUUUCCAAAUAUUCUACUCAAAAUCUACAGUUAUUAAAUGUUAAGAGCAUUAGCUUAUUUACAAGGUACUCUGAUUAUAAAGAAGUUAGGAAUUGGGAUUUGCCAUCGUGAUAUUAAACCUCAGAAUAUUUUGGUUAAUCCUAUUAAUCAUGUCUUAAAAAUUUGUGAUUUUGGGUCAGCAAAACGAUUAGUACCUGGAGAACCAAAUGUGGCUUAUAUUUGCUCCAGAUAUUAUAGAGCUCCUGAAUUGAUAUUUGGAGCAACUGAAUAUACAACAUCUAUUGAUAUCUGGUCUAUAGGUAUUCAUUGAUCAAUAACCACAGGAUGUGUUAUCGUUGAGAUGCUUACUGGUGAACCACUCUUUCCUGGAGAGUCAGCUACUGAUCAACUUGUUGAAAUAAUCAAAAUAUUGGGUACUCCUACAAUUGAAUAAAUUAAAAAAAUGAAUCCUUAACAUUAAGAAUUUAAAUUCCCUUAGAUAAAGUGCCAUCCCUGGGCUAAAGUAAUUUACCAAUAUAUUAAAGGUGUUUGCUAAAUUUAAGCCAGAACCUUUGUUUGUUGAUUUUGUUAGUAAAUUGCUUGUUUACUCUCCUAAGGAAAGAUUGAAACCUUUGGAGGCUUUGCUUCAUCCAUAUUUCGAUGAGAUUAGAUAAGAAGGGUUCUCAAUCCCAAAUGUGUAAUUACCUAACUUUUUUGAUUUUCAAAAGGGUAAUUAUGAUUAUUAUUAUCAUUAAAGAGGAAUUGCAGAUCCAACCUGAAAUUGCUCAUAAAUUAAUUCCUUCCUGGUUCAAGUAAAAAUAGUGA